UCUGUGUUUGUUUUGUUUUGCAUAUUUGACAUUUUUUAAAAUAUUGAGAAUUGAGUGUUAUUAGCAUGGAGGAACUAUUAUUUGUAUAUGCGGCAAUUGUUGAGGAGGAGGAAUCGGGGGGUAGGAGAAAAAUUUUAAAGGGUUUGCGAGACAAAAGCGAUCCCUUUACUAUGCAAGACACUGCAUUUAUUAACACAUUUCGAGUCCCAAAAUCGCUAUGUAAAUUGCUGAUAAGUGAAUUGGUGCCGCAUGAUGUGCAGAAGUCAAAUAUUCCAUUUGAUCUGCGUUUCCUGACGAGCUUAUAUUUUUACGGGCAUGGCUCUUAUCAAAAAUGCGUUGGUAAUAAUUAUAUGCUCUCUAUGAGCCAAUCCUCAGUGUCAAGAGCUCUGCACUUUAUUUCAAAACUGAUUGUGGAUGUUAAGGGAAGUGAAAUUUAUUUCCCUUCAAGCGCGCAGGAUGUGUCAGAUGCAAAGAAGGGAUUUUACACGAAAUUUGGGAUCAAGGGCAGAAUCGGCGCAAACGAUUGUACCCAUAUUGGGAUUGUUUCACCCUCAAGCACAGACGCCACUACUCCUCUCUCACUUUUUAUGAACCGGAAAGGAUUUUACAGCCUUAAUGUAGAAGCAGUACUAAGAGAACGUUACAUUAUGUCUUUAUAA